UUUAAGAUGAUAAUCAAGUCUCCAGCUGAAAGGUUACAAUCGCAGUAACAGUGGGUAAAUAAAAAACUAGACCGAAAAUGAAUCUGUUUUACAGUAUCACGCUAUUGGUAACCACAGCAGAAAUUCUACAUUAUUGUAACUCUCAGAAAUGUUGCACUGUCGAUGAAUGGACAGCCGACAUGUUUCUCGACUAUGGAUUGGUGUUUAUUGAUGACAAAAAAGAAUCUCCCAAAACAGCUUACUCUUACAUCAAUGGAACAGUUAAAGUAACGUACGACUAUACCAACCGGAGGACCUACCUCAAGCUUCACGGAGCAGAAGUAUCUCCUUUACUACCGGUUCCUAGUGUGCCUUACGACACCACCAUUAUCAAUGAUUAUAAAAAAGGUAUUCAAUAUAACAUCGGGCCGGACGGAAGUUGUAUGAAGUCUACAAUCAAUAACAUGACAAAACAAUGUAUACCAGACAAUGCUGAAUUGACGAGCGAGGGUUCCCUAGUAAUGGAUUGGAACAUAGUCAAGAACUUCAGAUACACCAUCACUGAUGAUAUCACGACGGACGUUGACGCCACGAUCUCCCAGAUUACGUCACCACCAUCUUGUAACCCCGUACACAUGGUGUACUUUGUUGGCAGCGUAGAGAGCGGAAGUGGGACACUCAUCAACCUAGAUGUCAUGAAUGUUGUUCCUUACUCCAUUGAUCCAUCUGUAUUUAAUGUCCCUCCCCAGUGCAAGAAUGCCACAGCAAUGGUAAAAAGAAACUCCAUGUUGGAUCGCCUAUUUAAGUUGAACAUAUUCAUAUAGAAUGGUUCAUUACAUGCUUUAAGGUAUGAAAGUGUUUAGUUCUUUCACAAGACUGACCAAGAGAGACAAUAAACUUGGAAAAAAG